AUGGCUUUGGCGACCUUUAGCAACUGGGUGUUUAAUUUCAUCAUCGGUAUGGUGUCGCCCGAUGCUUUUGCAGGCAUCCAUGGAUACUUCUAUGUCAUCAUUGGCGGAUUCUGUCUCUUCUCGGCUGGUCUGGCGUACUUCUACUAUGUCGAGACUGCUGGGCAUAGUCUAGAGGAGAUUGCCAUUGCAUUCGGCGACAAAGCUUUCGCGCAUAAUGAUCAAGAGGUUAUGGCACAGGCGUCGGGAGACGUGGACCAGAUACACAUGACGAAAGCGUAA